UGAAGAACAGAAAGAGAUGGGAAGAGAGUGUCAUCCCGCGUUGAAGGGCAUGAUGAGACGGGAGAGAGAGAAGAGGCUGUUCCGGCGCGGCUUCUCCUCGCGAGAGAUGGAAGCUCUCGCCGCCGUCUGCGAGACGGUGUUCCCUCCGUUGAGGGGGAUGGAGGCGGCAGCAGCGGGAGAGCUCGAGGGAAGAGCGGACAGAGAGGAAAAAAGAGCCGACGAAGCCGUGCGCUUCUUUUAUGAAUCAUCUGCCUCUCAAGCUCCAGUGCCCCAGGAGGGGGCGGAGCUUCUAGGGAGGAGGGGACUGAUCGAGGCGGUGAUCCUGGUGCGGGCGGUCCUGUGGGCGCUCUCGACGAGGCUCGGCACCCUGCUGCUCUGUGGGUCGCUCUGCGUGGGACGGCAAUGGCCGUACGUGAACACAUUCUCGAGCAUGGGCCCUGACCGGCGAGAGAAGGUGCUGCAGAGAUGGCUGAAGCAUCGGUUCCUCACGCCCAUCCGGAUGGCCUUCAUCUAUGUCAAAGUCUUGUGCCUCUACGUCCUCUUCUCUCGGGUAGACGAGAAAGGCGAAAACCCGUUAUGGAAAGCAAUUGGGUAUCAAGUAGACGAUGAGGAGGGAAUGUCGAAACCCGAAAAGGGAAGGCCACUUGAGGAGGGAAUCAUAGAAACCAUUUACUGUACAGAUCCGGACCUCCUCCAAUCUCUCAAGCAAAAAGGCCUGGAAGUCACACAGGAUCCCAAAAACAAGGUUUACAGGAUCAAGUGCGAUGCUGUCAUCGUGGGCUCCGGCUGUGGUGGCGGUGUUGCAGCAGCAGUCCUGGCAGGUUCUGGUUACAAGGUGGUGGUUCUAGAGAAAGGGAACUACUACACCCAAAAGGACUACUCUUCCCUGGAAGGCCCCUCCAUGGAACAACUCUAUGAAUCAGGAGGCGUACUAGCCACUUCCACUGGGAACGUGCUGAUUCUAGCAGGGUCCACGGUCGGAGGUGGAUCCGCCGUCAAUUGGUCUGCAUCCAUUAGGACGCCCGACGCUGUCCUUCGAGAUUGGGCUGAGACUCAUGGGAUCGAGCUCUUCAGGAGCAAAGAGUAUGCCUCUGCCAUGGACAUUGUGUCCAAGAGGAUUGGAGUGACAGAUCAGUGCGUGGAAGAGGGCUUUCAAAAUAAGGUCCUCCGAGAGGGAUGUGAGAAGCUUGGCCUUGAGAUCAACGCGGUGCCACGGAAUUCCUCUGAGGGCCACUUUUGCGGCUCUUGUGGCUAUGGCUGCAGGAGGGGAGACAAGCAAGGCACCGACAGCACCUGGCUGGUGGAUGCGGUGAACCACGGCACGGUGAUCCUAUCAGGAUGCAAAGCUGAGCAGCUCAUCUUUGAGAUGAACAUUCCUGGUAGGUGCGAAGAGAAGAAAUGUAUUGGAGUGAGGGCGAAAUCAAUGAACAGCUAUAUUGAAAAUGUCCUGCAGUUAGAGGCCAAGGUAACAGUUUCGGCGUGCGGGGCUCUGCUCACACCGCCUCUCCUGAUCGCGAGUGGACUGAAGAACAGGCAUAUUGGCCGCAACCUCCGUCUCCACCCAGUGGCAAUGGCCUGGGGGCAUUUCCCUCAGGACACAAGCUCGCAGCUCAGCGGCAGAUCCUACCAGGGUGGGAUAAUCACGUCAGUCCACAAGGUCGUCGCAGGAAAUUCAACUUCUAAUGUGCAGGCCAUCAUCGAGACCCCCUCACUUGGGCCCUCAUCGUUUGCGGUGAUGUGCCCUUGGGAGUCGGGCCUCGACAUAAAGGACCGGAUGAUCAAGUAUGCGAGGACCUCUCACUUCAUCACAAUAGUCCGGGACAGGGGGCGUGGGGAAGUGACAAGGGAGGGAAGGAUAAGCUAUAAGCUCGAUUCGAUGGACAAGGAGAAUCUCAAGGCAGGCCUGCAGCGAUCAAUCAGGAUCUUGAUUGCCGCGGGGGCAGACGAGGUGGGGAUCCACCGGAGCGAUGGCCUCAGGAUGAAGUGUGGGGGAGGGACUGCCAGUGAGGACCAAGUGGAGGAGUUUUUGGGCAGAGUCAGUGUAGAGGAUGGCCCAUUGGCCUUAGGUGAGAAGUGGGGACUGUGCUCUUCUGCCCAUCAGAUGGGGAGUUGCAGGAUGGGAAUCAAUGAGAAGGAAGGUGCAGUGGAUGAGAACGGGGAGAGUUGGGAAGCUGAAGGUCUGUUUGUGUGUGAUGCUAGCGUUCUGCCCACCGCCGUCGGUGUCAACCCAAUGGUCACCAUCGAGUCCACAGCUUAUUGUAUCGCCAAGAGAAUAGCUGGGUAUUUGUCUGCGCAGGGAUUGCUGAAAUUGCCCUAUUCGAGGAAUGACAAUUCGAUGAAUGGCAAGUGAGUUUUGGGCAGCCGAGAUGUACAAACCAUUCAUAAGUUAUAUAAUUUGUUAAGCUUAUGUAUGUAAGUCCAGGUGUUGCAGACAACUUAAGGUUUCAUAGGAGUCGAAUAAAGAAGGCGAGUAUAGAACCCGAAUUGUGGAUCGAGCUUUACGAGAUUCUAUGUAAACUUGUUCGGUACAUCACACUCAAUGUGAAAUUGCA